AUGGAAGAAGGUAGUUGUUCCAAACUUUACCCAAAACAGUAUGUUAAAACCACCAGCAUUGACAAGGAAGGUUACCCGGUUUAUAGAAGAAGAAAGGAUGGGCGUUUUAUCGAGAAGAAUAGCUUCAAAUGUGAUAACCGAUAUGCUGUCCCUUACAAUCGGACUUUGUCGCUUAAAUAUCAUGCUCAUAUUAAUGUGGAGUGGUGCAACCAAACAGGUUCAGUGAAGUACUUAUUUAAGUAUGUUCACAAAGGUAAUGAUCGAGUUGGUGUCAUUGUUGAACCUAAUAAAAAAAAGGUUAAUGAAGAAGGUCACAAGAAUUUGGAAAACGAAAAUACUCCAUCAUCAAAAAACGAAAUACAAGAUUACUUUGAUGGCAGAUAUGUAUCUGCAUGUGAAGCUAUGUGGAGGAUUUUAGCUUACCAAAUACAUUAUAGGCAAACCGCUGUUGUGCCACUCAGUUUCCAUGAGGAAGGCAAACAACCUAUUUAUUACCGAGAAGGUGAGUCUGCACAGAAUGUCAUGGAUCGUGACACUCUUGAUGAAUCUCAAUUUCUUGCUUUAUUUGAACUUAAUAAGCGUGAUGAAGAAGCAAGAAAGUUAUUAUACGAAGAAAUACCAAGCAAGUUUAUUUGGGAUGGAAAGGAGAAAUCUUUUUUCAAGAGAAAAACAAAAGCAUUCGCUAUAGGGAGAAUUAACUACGUGUCUCCGACCAUAGAUGAUGCAUAUCAUUUGAGGAUACUCCUCAAUUCCAUCAGAGGUCCUACCAGUUUUGAUCACAUUAAAACUGUGAAUGGUGUCGUACACAAAAUGUAUCGUGAAGCAUGUUACUCUCUUGGGUUGUUAGAUGAUGACAAAGAAUAUAUUGAAGGUAUCAAAGAAGCAAAUUUCAUGUGUUCUCCAAAGUUCGUUCGUAAAAUGUUUGUCAGGAUGCUUCUCUCAGCCGUUUUAAGUACUCCUCAUAUUGUAUGGGAAGAAACUUGGGAGAUGUUAUCUGAGGACAUAUUAAGGCGCAAAAGAAAAGAAUUAAAGCGACCAGAGCUUCAAUUGACUGAUGAAGAAAGGAAAAUAUUUUGUCUACAAGAGAUAAACAAACAGUUGAAAAGAAAUGGUUCUUCACUUGAGUCUUUCAAAACUCUGCCCCAGCUACAGGAUGAUAAUAUUCCGGUUUUAAACCAGUUAAUAGCUGAUGAACGGAGAUUCAUCAAUCAAACUAAUUUAAAGAAGAAUCAUUUGGAGUGGUUAAGUAUGCUUACGGAAGAGCAGAAGAAGAUAUAUGAUGAGAUCAUAGACUCUGUUUUCAAAGAUAAAGGUGGAGUAUUUUUCUUAUAUGGUUUUGGUGGAACUGGUAAAACAUUCCUUUGGAAAGUUCUAUCUGCAGCUGUAAGGAUAAGGGGAGAAAUAGUUUUGAAUACUGCAUCUAGCGAUAUAGCCUCUCUUUUGUUAGAGGGAGGCAGAACAGCUCAUUCAAGAUUUGGCAUACCUCUUGAUGUUCAUGAGACGUCAAUGUGCAGAAUGUCAAGGUCUUCUGAUCUAGGUGAAUUAGUUCAAGAAGCGAAGUUGAUCAUCUGGGACGAAGCUCCAAUGAUGAGUAAAUACUGCUUUGAGACUUUGGAUAGAAGUUUGAAAGAUAUAAUGCGUGAUCCAGAAGAUAAACCUUUUGGGGGUAAGGUCAUUAUUUUUGGUGGUGAUUUCCGUCAGAUACUUCCUGUUAUUGUUGGUGCUGGCCGAGAGCAAAUAGUUAACUCAUCGCUCAACUCAUCUUACCUUUGGAAUAAUUGUAAAGUUUUAAGGCUAACAAGAAAUAUGAGGUUGCUGCAAAACAUAACUGCAAAUCAAGCCAGAGAGAUUGAAGAAUUCUCGAAAUGGAUACUUGAUGUUGGAGAAGGAAGACUUAAUGAGCCAAAUGAUGGAGUUGUUGACAUUGACAUUCCAGAAGAAUUGCUGGAUGUCAGCUAUUUUCAAAGCAGAGCUAUUUUAUGUCCAACGAAUGAUGAUGUCAACACUAUAAAUGACCACAUGAUAUCCAUAUUGGAAGGUGAGGAAAGAGUUUACUUAAGUUCAGAUAGUAUUGAUCCUGCAGAUAAAAGGAAUAAAGACAAUCCUGCAUAUAGCCCUGAUUUCCUAAACUCAGUUAGGAUUUCCGGAGUACCAAACCAUGCUCUUCGUUUGAAAAUUGGUUGUCCAGUAAUGUUGCUACGCAAUAUUGAUCCUCAUGGAGGCUUAAUGAAUGGAACAAGACUACAUAUUACACAAAUGGCUGAUCAUGUUAUACAAGCAAGAAUAAUCACUGGUACGAGAGUUGGUAAAAUUGUUCUUUUACCAAGAAUGGUAUUAAUACCAUCAGAUACCCGUUUGCCUUUCAAAAUGAGACGUAGACAAUUUCCUAUAAACGUUGCUUUCGCAAUGACUAUCAACAAAAGUCAAGGUCAGUCUCUCUCAAAUGUUGGUUUAUACUUGCCUAGACCUGUUUUCUCUCAUGGCCAGCUAUAUGUAGCUAUGUCCCGUGUAAGCAGUAAAUCAGGAUUGAAAAUCCUCAUUACUGACCCAAAAGGAAAACCUCAAAAGAAAACAAGGAAUGUCGUCUUCAAAGAGGUUUUCCAAAACAUUUGA